GCUCCAGCCCGCGAGCGCGCGUGGGACCGCAAGGAAGUGGGACCGGCUGGCUCCUAGCCGGGCCGCCUCGCAGGAUGUGCUCCCUUUCGUUGUUUCCACCGUUACCGCCGUGGGGCCAAGUGACGCUUUACGAGUACAACAACGAGUUGGUGACGGGUGACAGCUAUGAAAGCCCACCCCCUGACUUCCGGGGUCAGUGGAUCAACCUUCCUGUUCUCCAUCUGACAAAAGACCCCCUCAAGACCCCUGGUCGUCUGGAUCAUGGCACCAAAACUGCCUUCGUCCAUCACCGUGAGAGUAUCUGGAAGAGAUGUAUCAAUGCUUGGUGCGAUGUGGGGGUUUCAGGCGUGUUGAAUGAGGUUGCUAACUCCGAAGAGGAAGUGUUCAAGUGGGUGAAGACAGCAUCAAGCUGGGCCCUGGCAUUGUGUCGAUGGGGCUCUUUCCUCCACGGGUCUCUGUUUCCCCAUCUGUCACUCAGGAGUGAAGAUCUGAUUGCUGAGUUUGCCCAGGUCACAAAUUGGUCAAGCUGCUGCCUGAGGGUUUUUGCCUGGCAUCCUCAUACCAAUAAGUUUGCGGUGGUACUGUUGGAUGACUCUAUCCGGGUAUACAAUGCCAACAGCACCAUAGUCCCCUCUCUGAAACACCGGCUACAGCGAAAUGUGGCUGCUCUUGCCUGGAAGCCCCUCAGUGCCUCAGUGCUGGCCGUGGCCUGUCAAAGCUGUAUUCUCAUCUGGACCCUGGAUCCCAACUCCCUGUCCACCCGACCCUCUUCAGGCUGUGCCCAGGUGCUUUCCCAUCCGGGGCACAGCCCUGUCACCAGCCUGGCCUGGUCCCCUAAUGGAGGACGACUGCUUUCAGCCUCACCUGUAGAUGCUGCUGUCUUGGUGUGGGACAUCUCAACUGAGACCUGUGUUCCCCUUCCCUGGUUCCGGGGAGGUGGAGUCACCUAUCUGCUUUGGUCCCCUGAUGGCAGCAAAGUUUUGGCCACCACACCUUCUGCAAUCUUCAGGGUUUGGGAAGCCCAAAUGUGGACCUGCGAGAGGUGGCCUACCCUGUCGGGGCGUUGUCAGACUGGCUGCUGGAGCCCAGACGGGAACCGCCUGUUGUUCACAGUUGUAGGAGAGCCUCUAAUCUACUCCUUGACUUUCCCCGAGCACAGUAGGGAGGGAAAAGGGCAGGUUGGAGGCGCCAAGACAGCUACCAUAGUGGCAGAUCUGUCCGAGACAACAAUACAGACACCCAGUGGGGAGGAAAGGCUGGGGGGAGAAGCUCAUUCCAUGGUCUGGGACCCUAGUGGAGAGCGUCUGGCUGUGCUCAUGAAAGGAAAUCCACAUGUCCAGCAUGGCAAACCCGUUAUUCUGCUGUUCCGAACCCGGAAUAGCCCAGUGUUUGAACUGCUUCCCUGUGGUGUUGUACAGGGGGAACCAGGAGCCUGGGCCCAGCUGAUCGCCUUUCACCCAUCCUUCAACAAAGGAGCCCUGCUUAGUGUGUGUUGGUCCACAGGCCGGAUUGCCCACAUUCCCCUGUAUUUUGUGAAUGCCCAGUUCCCACGAUUUAGCCCCAUGCUGGGCAGGACCCAGGAGCCUCCUGCUGGGGGAGGUGGCUCUACCCAUAUGCCCCUGUUUACUGAGUCAGCUCCCAUCUCUAGCCCCUGGGACCCCUCUUCAGGAACUUCUUGGUCCAACUCCCCCACUGGCCGUCUUUAAUAAACAUUCUCUUUAUUUCCCUUC